ACGUUAAGCUGAUGACAGAUAUGGGGCUGGAUGCUUAUAGGUUUUCAAUAUCAUGGACUCGCAUAUUUCCAUACGGGAAUGGAAUCGUGAACCAGGCUGGGAUAGAUUACUACAACAAUCUAAUUGAUGCUCUGAUCGCGCAAGGACUCGUACCUUUUGUGACGUUGUACCACUGGGACCUGCCACAAGCGCUGCAUGACUCCUACGGGGGUUGGCUCAGCCCAAGAAUAAUAAAUGAUUUUGUAAGGUAUGCGGAGGUGUGCUUUAAGGAAUUUGGAGAUAGGGUGAAGCACUGGAUCACAUUCAACGAGCCUCACAAUUUCGUGUUCAUGGGUUAUGACGUGGGCCUGGAAGCGCCUGGGAGAUGCUCCAUUGGUUCUUCUCAUUGUAAGAUUGGCAAUUCCUCCACCGAACCUUACAUAGUCGCCCACAACGUCCUUCUUUCACAUGCGGCCACUUUUAGGGCCUAUCAAGCUAAGUUCAAGGGAGAACAAGGGGGAUCAAUAGGAAUUUCUUUGGAUAUGAUGUGGUUGGAACCCAUGUCUAAUUCUACACAAGAUGUCGAGAGAGCACAGAUAUGCUUAGAUUUCCAACUUGGAUGGUUUCUGGACCCACUUUACUUGGGUGACUACCCAUCAUCCAUGAGAGAAAGGGCAGGAGGGAGGCUUCCAAAAUUCUCAAAGGAACAAUUGAAUGAUCUGAAAGGGUCCUUGGACUUCCUGGGCAUUAACCAUUACACUACCAACUAUGCAAUGGACAUCAGCAACGACUCCAACAUACUCGGCAUUCUCAAUAAUGACACUCUGGUGGAUGCUGGAGUGAUUCCCUAUCCUGUAAGGAAUGGAGUUCCCAUCGGCGAGAUGGGCGCAUCCAGUUGGCUAUUCAUAGUUCCAUGGGGAAUGAGGAAAUCAAUGAAUUAUCUUAAAAAUCGCUAUGGAAAUCCACCAGUCAUCAUCACAGAAAAUGGGAUAGACGAAGAAAAUGAACGACAUACAUCUCUGCAAGCAGCACUUGAAGACCAAAAAAGAAUAGACUAUCACAGAGAUUAUCUUUCAAAUCUCUCAGCUGCCAUUAAUGAAGAUGGUUGCAACGUGAGAGGAUAUUUUGCGUGGUCUCUGUUGGACAAUUGGGAAUGGACGUCAGGUUUUUCAGUGCGUUUUGGUCUCUAUUUUGUUGACUACAAUUCUCCAGCUCUCACUAGAUAUGCCAAGAAGUCGGUUGAAUGGUUUAGCGACUUUCUACAGCCAUUUUAAAUCAGACAUGCUUGUGAUUUUCAUACACUCUGUUGUUAUGUCAACUUUUAAGUUGAAAAGACAGGUUUGAGACUGCA